AUGAAGCUGCUCCUGAUCAUUGCAAUUCUGCUGUUCCAGAAGUCCACAGUAACUGAACAACUUAAGAGAUGCUGGAGUGAAUAUAUACGAGGAUAUUGCAGGAAAAUAUGCAAAAUAAGUGAAAUACGUGAAGUGCUAUGUGAGAAUGGGAGAUAUUGUUGCCUCAAUAUUGUGGAAUUGGAAGCACGUAAAAAAAUUACAAAGCCACCUCGUCCAAAGCCAAGGACAUAUGCAAUGACUUUCCCUCAAGAUUAUGAUAUAAAUAUAGAAAAUUAUUCAAGACCCAAGGCAAACUCUACAUGA